CUGACGUCACAGACAGAACCAAUCGAACACAUGGAGCGUCACAGACUGAACCAAUCGAGCGCCGGAGACACCGUCACGAUCGGACCUGUAACGACGACUACCCAGGUGUCGGUGAUGCUGCAGCUGCCCUGGGUGGUGACGGCCCAGGUGGACGUGGUGCUGGUCCUGGUCUCGCUGUGGUCCCUCUGGUCCAGACUCAGUCACCUGAACUACCCCGGCGCUGUGGUGUUUGAUGAGGUGUACUAUGGUCAGUUUGUGUCUCUCUACAUGAAGAGAGUUUUCUUCAUCGAUGACAGCGGCCCGCCGCUCGGUCACAUGAUCCUGGCCCUCGGAGCGUACCUCGGAGGAUUUGAUGGAAACUUCGUGUGGAACAGAAUUGGAGCAGAGUAUCCCAGCAGUGUGAGUGUGUGGAGUCUGCGGCUGCUGCCCGCUCUGUGUGGAGCGCUCUGUGUUCCACUGGUUUACCUGCUGACGCUGGAGCUGAAGUUCUCUCACCUGUCGGCUCUGGGAGCUGCACUGCUGCUGCUGCUGGAGAACUCGCUUAUUGUCCAAUCCCGUUUCAUGCUGCUGGAGUCUGUUCUCAUCUUCUUCCUGUUGUUGGCUUUCUUCUCCUACCUGCGUUUCCACAACUCUCCUAGUAGCUCCUGGUCCAGGUUCAGUUGGCUUCUUGUCUCUGGAGCUUCCUGCUCUGCAGCUGUCGGGGUGAAGUACAUGGGUGUGUUCUCAUACUUGCUGCUGCUGGGGGUGGCCUCUCUUCACACCUGGAAGCUGAUUGGAGACCGGACUGUCAAUCAUAUCAGUGUGUGUGUGCAGUGUGUUUGUAGGUUUGUGUGUCUGCUCCUGGUUCCUGUCCUGCUCUACGUGUUUUGGUUCUAUGUUCACCUGAGUCUCCUGAACCGCAGUGGACCACAUGACCAGCAGAUGAGCUCUGCCUUCCAGGCCAGUCUGCAGGGCGGCCUGUCCAGGAUCACUCAGGGUCAACCUCUUGAAGUUGCUUAUGGCAGUCAGGUCACUUUAAGAAGCUCCGCCUCUCAGCCAAUCCCCUGCUGGCUUCACUCACACAAAGCCAACUACCCAAUUAGGUAUGAAAAUGGGCGGGGCAGCUCCCACCAGCAGCAGGUCACCUGCUAUCCCUUCAAAGACGUUAACAACUGGUGGGUAGUCAAAGAUCCAAGCAGACAGGACCUGGUGGUCGGCAGUCCUCCUCGACCUGUCCGCCACGGUGAUGUCAUCCAGCUGGUUCACGGGAUGACCUCACGCUUCCUCAACAGUCAUGACGUCGCAGCUCCCAUGAGUCCUCACGCUCAGGAAGUGUCCGGCUACAUCGACUUCAAUGCUUCCAUGGCCACGCAGAACCUGUGGAGAGUGGAUAUCUCUAACAGGGAGGCGGAGUCUGAGGUGUGGAAGACAAUCCUGUCUGAGGUUCGAUUGGUCCACGUCAACACCUCCGCUGUGCUCAAGAUGAGCGGUGUGUCCCUUCCAGACUGGGGCUUCGGUCAGUUGGAGGUCGUAGCAGAGAAACUCUUCAAGCUUCACGGCGGCAGCUUGGGCUGGACGGUGGAAGAACAUCGAUACGGAACCAGUCAGGAGCAGAAGGAGAGGGAGGCGGAGCUUCAUUCUCCGACUCACAUCGAUGUUGACAGAAAAAUUUCCUUUUGGGCGAAAUUUUUGGAGCUCCAGUGGAAGAUGCUGACAGUGAAACAGGAAGACUCUGAACACAAGUACAGCUCCGCCCCCUUAGAGUGGAUCACCAUGGAAACCAACAUCGCAUACUGGCUGCACUCUUCCACCAACGCUCAGAUCCAUUUGAUUGGUAAUCCAGUGUCAUGGGGCGUGGCUAACCUCAGCCUGCUGGCCUAUCAGCUGCUGGCAGCCGUCUACGUGCUGAGGAGGAGGCGAGGCAUCAAAGACCUCCCUGAAUCUGUGUGGGAUCAGUUUGUGUGUCUGGGGUGUGUGUGUGUCGGCGGCUGGCUGGUGAACUUCGUUCCCUUCCUGCUGAUGGAGAAAACGCUCUUCCUGUAUCACUACCUGCCCGCCCUCUGCUACCUGUACCUGCUGUGCCCCGCCCUGCUGGAGCACACACACACAAACCUGCUCAGCGAUGUGACACACCGCCGGGCGCUGUGUGUAUUUGCUUCAACCGUGUUGUUGUCCGUCUUCCUGUCGUAUCGAACCUUCUGCCCUCUGACCUACGGCAGCCCGGAGCUCUCAGCCACUCAGCUGCAAGGACUGAAGUGGAGAGACACCUGGGACAUCCUGUACCGCCGGCGCUAGAGACAGGUGGACAAACAGGUGUCUCUGUUUCUUCUCAUGUUGACUUGAGCUGAACCUUUUCAUGAGCUGAGGAGAAGCACCCGGUCAGGUGUGUCAUAUUGGAGGCGGAGCUUCUACCCUUUGAACUCACUGUGAAGCCCGGCCCCCUGAUGAUGUCACAGUGAUAAUUGACAUGUGUUGAAUAAAAACUUCUGACUUUA